ACCUAAAAAGCUCCGAUUGAUAGUAGCAGAGAAAAAGGGAUCCAAACCUCUAAUCCAUAAUUACCGCAAGAACCAGACUAGGAGGAGAAUAAGAAGAAGAAGAAAACCUCGGAUAAUCCCAAUAGAUAGUACCACUCCUUCCCCAUACGGCGGUUGGGGUGCCCUUCCUUCCGACGGCGGUUCUCCUUCUGACCUCCACUUCCUUGCCGAUGGCGGCAGCCAUAUAGCCGCCUCUUUCUAUAUAGACACAUACAUAUAUAUAUAUAGUUUAUAUAAAUAUAUUUUUUUGUUCAUAUAUUACAUGGGUGUAAAUAUUUGUUAUUAUUAUAAAGAAGAAAGAUGUUGACCAUUAAGAAGGUACCAACGGUGGUUUCAAAUUAUCAGGAGGAGAAUUCCGAAAGAAACCUUGAAGGGUGUGGCCGGAAUUGCCUUGGAAACUGUUGCUUACCUGGCUCGAAUUUGCCUCUAUAUUCAUUUAAAAAAGAUACAGAGAAAUCAAUAGAAAAUGGGAUGGUGAGGUCAUCCCAAGAUAGGCAACAGGCUCAAAUAUGUUUCUUGCACAAUCUGUUGUUGGGUCAAUGGGAGGAUAGGAUGACUCGUGGACUUUUUCGCUACGAUGUAACUACUUGCCAGUCAACAAUCAUUCCAGGCAGAUAUGGUUUCAUUGCACAGCUUAACGAGGGGCGUCAUCUCAAGAAAAGGCCUACUGAAUUCAGGGUCGAUAAGGUACUUCAAGAUUUCGAUGAGAGUAAGUUCAAUUUCAAUAAAAUAGGACAAGAAGAAGUCCUUUUCAGGUUCGAACACGGCCUUGAUGAUAAGAAGAGUGAGUUCUUUCCUACUGCACCUGCCUCUGUCGAUUCCAACUCUCCUAAUGUUGUUGCUAUCAAUGUGAGUCCAAUUGAGUAUGGUCAUGUUCUUCUUAUACCUCGUAUUCUGGAUUGCUUGCCUCAAAGGAUUGAUAGUGAGAGUUUCUUGCUUGCUGUUUACCUGGCUAAAGAAGCAUCCGAUCCUUUCUUUAGAGUUGGUUACAACAGUUUGGGUGCUUUUGCUACCAUUAAUCAUCUUCAUUUCCAGGCAUAUUAUUUAGCAGUAUCCUUUCCAGUUGAGAAAGCUCCUACUAAAAGAAUAACAUUGAAGGGUACUCGAGAUAAAGGUGUGGUAGUGUCACGCCUUUUGAAUUAUCCAGUGAAAGGUCUUGUCUUUGAAGGUGGAAAUACAAUUGAGGAUCUUUCUGAUUCAGUUUCUAGUUCUUGCAUUUACCUCCAGAACAACAAUGUCCCCUUCAAUGUGUUGAUUGCUGAUUGUGGAAACCGUAUCUUUCUGUUCCCUCAGUGUUAUGCAGAAAAACAAGCGCUUGGAGAAGUAAGCCAGGAGCUUUUGAACACUCAAGUGAAUCCAGCAGUUUGGGAGGUUAGUGGACAUAUAGUGCUUAAAAGAAGGAAAGAUUUUGAGGAUGCAUCAGAGGCAUAUAUAUGGAGACUUCUCGCAGAGGUUUCUGUAUCAGAAGAAAGGUUUCAAGAGGUGACGACUCGGGUCUUGGAAGCUGCAGGGUUUGAAGAGGUUAAAAAAUUCUUUAUGUGGAAUCAAAUGGGAGAUCAAUUGAAUUGGAGCAACAACGGCCACAGACUUGAAGCAUUCAUAUUAAUUCUUUUCUUGCUCUUAAAACGUGUGUAAAAUUGAACAGAUUCUGUUUCUGUUUUUCAAUUUUCAUUAGAGCAUUGCAGAAGAUAUCUUUGAAUGUAUUAUUUAUCAAUAUUUUAAAAAUUGGACUGGACGUUGAACUGGAUUGAUAACUA